GAAAUUUCAGGAUACAGAAGGCAAAAGUACAGUACGGGCUGCUACUUGCAGCUUCCUCAGUUUACUCAACGUAACGUACUGAUAGCUGCUUUGCCAUUGGCUAUUGCCUAGCAUCUUCCUGGUAUCCUAUUGGCUAAGAGGGACCUCUACUGUAUGUGUGUAUCCCAGCGUCCUCUUCAUUUGCCCCUCAACUUUAUAAUUAAGUGAGUGACGUUUUAAAGACGUUGCAGAGCGGCCCUCAUGAUGUCAGAAUCACUGCAAGUGUCACAGAAGGAGCAGCAGCUGCAGCUUCAGCAUCACAAGGAGCAGCAUCAAAAGGCGCUUCACCGUCAUCACCAGAGUCAUCGGGAACAACAUCAGCAGCAUCGCCAUGAAAGCAGCAGUUUCUUGAGCACCAAGUCUUCCAUCAACAAGCAGUCCGUCUCCACUUAUAAGACCACCACUCGUCGUGUGAAAACAUCUGUGAAGACUGAGAAAAAGGGUCUGGAGCAGGUGGUAAAGUCGCUGAGUCCGCUACCCAAGCGAGCCAAGCGUACUUAUCUGGCUACCGACUUGGACAAGGAAGUCAUUGGCUAUGUGAUUCCAAUUUUCCGAGCCAACCACGAAGAAGUGCGCGGGCUGAUGGAGGCUCGUGAAGAAGACGUCACCGAGGAGGGCAUUAACUACGUGGCCAUGAGGAACCUGUUUGUCCGCGAGUCCAGGGAGGCGAUGGAGGUCAGGGUGGAGAAGAAGAGCAGGACCACACGAAUCCGAGAGUCUGCAGAGCGUGUGGAGCUUAACAGGACUUUGGAUGAGUGGACGGAAUUCCGCAAGAAAAUGAAUCCGGAUAGCCUGACACACCCACCGGAGAUGACCACCAAGCCCCGUAGUCAGACUGUGUGGGAGGGCCAGACCAUCAGGCUGCACUGCACCGUGGCAGGGUGGCCCAGACCAAGGAUUGCCUGGUACAAAAACAACGUACUGAUUGAUGCCAAAGCACGCUCCGAGAAAUACACCAUGGAGAGCAAUUACAACAUGCACUACUUGGAGAUCAAGAACUGCGACUUCCUCGAUACGGCCGCAUAUCGCGUGUCUGCGCUCAACGUGAAAGGAGAAAUGUCCUGCGUGGCCACUGUGGUUGUCAAACGCUUCCAGGACGAAGAAAGAGAUCUGAUUGUGACCGAACCUCGCGGUUUCUGCACUGAGCAUGGCGUCACGUUCAGGACAACCAUCCUGGACAAAUUCCAGGUAGCCUUUGGUCGCGAAGGCGAGACGCUGAGCCUGGGUUGCACCGUCAUUGUGUAUCCUACCGUCAAGAACUACAAGCCCGAAGUGGUGUGGUACAGAAACGGUUUGCCCCUAAAGGCAUCGCAAUGGGUGCACACUCAGUGGGCCGGACAACGUGCCACCCUCACUCUGGUCCAUCUCAACAAGGAAGACGAGGGCAUGUACACUAUGCGUGUCAUCACCAAGUCUGGCUAUGACACUUACUCUGCUUAUGUGUUUGUCAGAGAUGCCGAUGUGGAGGUAGAGGGGGUUCCUGUGGCCCCCCUGGAUGUGCGCUGCCAUGAUGUCAACAAGGACUACGUAGUGGUGACCUGGAAGCAGCCCGCCAUGGAGGGCAGCAGCCCCAUCUUGGGCUACUACGUUGACAGGUGUGAGGUGGGGACGCACCACUGGGCGCAAUGUAACGACACCCCGGUCAAGUACGCCCGCUUCCCCGUCACGGGCCUGGUAGAGGGGCGCUCCUACGUUUUCAGGGUGACCGCCCUGAAUAAGGCGGGUGUGAGCCGUGCGUCACGCAUCUCUGAUGUUGUGAUUGCCAUGGAUCCUUUCGACAGGGCCCGUCUGCUUGGGCCUUCUGCGCCAUGGACUGGCAUGAUCAAGUUCACAGAAGAGGAUCACACUGCUGGAGUGGUCCCAGGAGAACCAACUGACGUGGUGGUUACCGAGGCAACUAAGAGCUACGUGGUGCUUGCCUGGAAGCCCCCUGUCCAAAGGGGUCAUGAAGGAGUGAUGUAUUAUAUUGAGAAGUGCGUUUCAGGCUCAGACAUGUGGCAGAGGGUGAACACAAGCAUGCCCGUCAAGUCUCCUCGCUUCGCCUUGUUCGAUCUGUCCGAAGGUAAAUCGUACAGCUUCCGUGUGCGCUGCUGCAACUCUGCGGGCGUGAGCGAAGCCUCCCUAGCCACCAGUGAAAUCACUGUAGGAGACGUGCUCGACCUGCCUUCAUCUCCGGGCACACCCGUGGCCACCAGGAACACUAGCACCUCAGUAGUGGUCUCCUGGGAGGCCUCUAAGGAUGUAAAGAACCUGGUCGGCUACUACAUUGAGUACAGUGUUGUAGGCACGGACGUUUGGAUGCCGUGCAACAACAGGCCUGUGAAACAAACCAGGUUCGUGUGUCAUGGCCUCACUUGCGAAACCACGUGCGUGUUUCGAGUGAAGGCGGUCAAUGCCGCCGGCUACAGCCUGAGCUCCACCGCUUCCCAGCCGGAACUGGUGCGGGCAGCCAUUUCCGUCCCUGCGAUGCCGACUGGCGUGCGCUUGCUGGAAGCUGACAAGGACACAAUGGUGAUUGGCUGGAGCGAACCGGCCAACACUGGAGGAGCUGACAUCAGAGGUUACUUUGUAGACUACAGGACUGUGAAGGGACAAGUGGUCAGCAAGUGGCAUGAGCUCAACCUUCAGGCCUUGACUACCACCUCCUAUAAGGUUGAGAACCUGAAGGAGAAUGUAGUUUACCAGUUCCAGGUACGCGCCAUGAACAUGGCAGGUGUGAGUGAUGGCUCCGUGCCCAGUGCAGCCCUGGAGUGCCAAGAAUGGACCCUUACUGUGCCAGGCCCUCCCGUUGGGCUUCAUGUUCUGGAGGUCCGGGACUCCUCCAUGGUUGUGCUGUGGGAGCCACCUUCAUUCGACGGUCGAUCUCCUGUCAAUGGCUACUAUUUGGACGUCAAGGAGGCGUCAGUUGGAGAAGAAGGCUGGACGGCCGUCCACGAGAAGACGAACAAGUCCAGGUUUAUGAAAGUGAGCGGGCUACAGGCUGCUACGUCCUACGUCUUCCGUGUCCGUGCUCAAAACCUCGCAGGUGUUGGAAAUCCCUCCGCAGUCUUAGGACCCAUCCUGGCCGAGAGUCGCCCCGGCACCAAAGAGAUCUACGUGGAUGUAGAUGACGACGGCGUGAUCUCCAUGGUUUUCGAGUGCUCUGAGAUGAGUGAGGGCUGCGAGUUUGUCUGGUCCAAGAACUACGAGGCCAUAAAAGAUACCUCCAGAUUGACUAUCAUCAAUGAGAAGGGCAGGUCCAGAGCUAUCUUUAACAACCCCUCCCUGGAGGAUCUAGGAAUUUUCUCCUGCGUGGUCACCAACAUGGAAGGCAUCUCGUCCAGCUACGAGCUCACUGAGGAAGGUUUGAUGCGUCUGCUGGACAUCAGCCAUGACCACAAGUUCCCUGUUAUUCCAUUUAAGAAUGAAAUGGCCAUGGAGUUACAAGAAAAGGGCCGGGUGCGCUUCUGGACUCAAGUGGAGAAGUUUACCAAGGAUUGUCAAGUGGAGUAUGUUUUUAACGAUAUCAUCAUUCAUCAAGGAGAGAAAUACACCAUGAACUUUGACAAGACCACAGGAAUCAUCGAAAUGUUCAUGGACUCACUGGAAGUCACGGACGAGGGGACGUUCACCUUCAAUUUGGUUGAUGGAAAAGCAAAGGGUACCACCAGUCUGGUGCUCAUCGGAGAAGAGUUCAGAGCGCUGCAGAAAAAGUCCCAGUUUGAGAGGGCCGAAUGGAUCAGGAAACAAGGUCCUCACUUUAUCGAGUACUUGGACUUCACCGUCACCCCGCAGUGUGAUGUGCUGCUCCAAUGCACGGUAGGAAACAUGAAGGCGGACACACAGAUUAUCUGGUACAAGGACAGCAUCCCGAUCGGUGAGCGCGAUGAGGCCGCCAAGAAGCUGGAGAAGAAGGAUGGCAAGCUGAUCUUUAAUAUCGGAAAGAUUUCAAAGAAUGACGUGGGCAUCUACGAGGUGUACCUGAGAGAUGAAAGAGGCCAAGACAAGAGCAGGUUCGAUAUGACCGAUGCAGGUUACCAGACUGUAAUGAAUGAGCUGUUCAGAAUGAUUGCCAACUCUUCCUCUCAAAUCAAAGUCACCAGCACGGAACACGGCAUCAUCCUCUCCUCCGAUGUCACAUACUACCACGAGGAACAGCGUGUCACCUGGCUGCACAAGGACGCCAAGAUUGCCGCUUCCGAGCGCGUGAAGGCUGGAGUGACGGGCGAGCAGCUGUGGCUCAAAAUCAACGAGCCCACCGAGAAGGACAAGGGCAAAUACACCAUUGACCUGUUUGACGGAAAGGAUGGCGUGAAGCGGGUGGUUGAGCUGUCUGGAAAAGUGUGGGAGGAAGCGUUUGAGGAAUUCCAGAGGCUUAAGGCGGCAGCCAUCGCAGAGAGAAAUCGCGCCCGUGUUAUUGGAGGCCUUCCAGAUGUGGUUGCAAUCCAAGAGGGCAAGUCUCUUAAUUUAACUGGCAACGUGUGGGGCGAGCCCACGCCCGAGGUGAGCUGGACCAAAAACGAGCGGGAGUUGGUGGCCGACGAACGCUACGUGCUUAAGUUCGAGCACGGCAAGUACGCCAGCAUCGCCAUCGACGCCGUCACCCGCACUGACUCGGGCAAGUACGCGCUGGUGGUGCGCAACAAGUACGGCACGGAGGCCGGCCAGUUCACGGUCAGCGUGUACAACCCGGAGGAUGACGAAAAGGAAGAGGAGGAGAAGAAGUAGGAGGACUGAGGGAGGAAAGGGCUCAAGAAAAAGUUGGAUGAUUGACAGCAACGCAAUAUUUUCUUAGCAUGUUGGUAUUUGAGUAACCUUUGAAAACAGGUUGGUACACAAAGACAGGAAAGAAUAAAGGAAAUGCUGAUAUCUUCAUCCUAUGUUUUUUUUUGUCAUUGAUAAAAUGUGACAUGUGGCACAGAGUGGCCAACUUCACGUGGGCAAAAAUAAUUUUCAUGUCAUUUAAAAAAAAAAAAAAA